GGUCCAGAGCGGUUUCCGGAUGUGUUCAGUGCUUUAGCGGCGCCGCUGCGCUAAUCGGAGCCGGGGCUACUCCUGUGUUCGAGCCGGCCUGGCUCCAGGGGCACGGCUGUCAGCUGCGGUGUGUUUCCCGGGACGGCCUGGCCUCUCCCGUUGUCUCUGGGCGAUGCUGUGUAUGAGCGGAGCGGCCCCGGGUGCUGGGGCUGGCAGCCCGGGCUCGCUGCUGCUCCUGCUCUGGCUGAGCAUCCGAUUGUGUUCCGCGUCAAGCGGCCGCCUCCCCUGGGCUGAGCAUUACGGCACCAAGUCCAGGUAUGAGGGACUGAGUGUGGAGCCACUGCCUGGCACUAGCCGGCUGGCACCUGCCAACUGCACCGCCCUGCAGCUCAAUGCUCUGGUUCGGCACGGCACCAGGUACCCCACCAGGAAGAAUGUGCCCCGUAUGAGGGAGGUGCACCAGCUGAUCAAAGAGCAGGGUGACCCAGGCAACAGCCUGGUACAGGCUCUGGCUGACUGGCACAUGUGGUACAACGAGCGCAUGGACGGCAACCUCCACCCCCUGGGCACCGCCGAAAUGGUCAGGCUGGCCAAACGGCUGGCCGCCCAGUUCCCCACCCUCUUCACCGCCCGGUGUUACCGGGAGAGCCGGCUCAAAUUCGUCACCAGCUCCAAGCACAGGUGCGUCAACAGCACCAGGUCUUUCAUCCAGGGGGUGGAGAGCCACCUGAGCCUGAGGGACCAGGCGGGCGGGCAGUGGGAGGUCAACGACAGGCUGCUGCGCUUCUUCGACCACUGCCAAAAGUUCAUAAACCGAGUGGAAAACAACAACACAGCCCUGCAUCAAGUGGAGCUCUUCAAGAGGGGCCCAGAGAUGGAACGAGUGAUGAGAAACAUGGGAAAGAAACUUGGCAUCUCACCAGAGGCUCUAACCACCAAUAUGGUGGAAGCAACGUUUUAUCUUUGCACUUAUGAGUUCAUCCUUAAAGGCAUCGUUUCCCCCUGGUGUGACGUGUUUGAAAAGGAAGAUGUCGAGGUAUUGGAAUAUCUGGGUGAUCUGAAGCAAUACUGGAAGAGAAGCUAUGGAUACAAAAUUAAUGGUCUGUCUAGCUACAAGCUGUUCCAAGAUCUCUUCCACUAUAUGGAUCAGACCAUUGAAGAGAGUGAGAGGAACCAGUCCAUAUCUCACACCGCUGUCAUACGCUUCGGACACGCAGAGACUCUCCUGCCGGUCCUGACUCUCAUGGGUUACUUUAAGGACAAAUACCCAUUACAAGCGAAUAAUUUUGAAGCACAGAGAGGUCGCAAGUUCCGAAGCGGAUGGAUUUCUCCAUUUGCUGCAAACCUUGUUCUCGUGCUGUACAGGUGCAAUGAAGCACGGGGCCUGGGAGAAAAGUACAAACUCCAGUUGUUUCUGAAUGAGAAGCCACUGCCAUUUGCUCACAGUGGAAACCUUGUGACCGACUAUGAGGAAGUAAAGUACAGCUAUGAGCACCUUACCGAAUCACUGAAAUUCAACAAUGUAUACCUUGACCCCUCCAGUGUUAUAUCUCUUGCUAGAGCAGUUUAUAGAACUUGCGGUUUGGAAUGGAUAACAGUACUUCCCAUGUUGGUGUGUGAUGACCACCGUUACUUCCAUUUCAUUUUAUUUCUCUUUCUCCUUCUUUUGUUUCUAAUUUAUUAUUAAAAUUGCAUCAAUUAGACUUUUUCCAUCUUUGUUUUCUGCUUAUACAAUUGAUUCAGAAUUUGUAGUUCUGUACAUAUAAUUAUCCAGCACCUUAAGUCUUUGAAGGAAAUUUGUGAUUAAACACAGUAACUUGCUGUGUAAAUAAAUUUCUCCACGUCCCCACACUAUACCUUUUGACAUGACAGGACGGAGGUGAAAUCAUGUUACAACCUGAUUUCUCUCGGAGUAGAACAGUGAACUUCUUGUUUUGGGUAUUAAUUAUGACCUUUACAAGCAAUGACAUUAGCACUUCUCAGUCAUUCAAAUUUAUCAGGAACAAUUCCCUUUCACACAAGUGCCUAAGCCAGGAAUUGGGUUAAGGGGAUAGAUGUAAAAGAAAGACAGUUCAGAAGGAGAGAAAGAUUAAAAGGAGAAAGAGAAAACUGCAACUUUGUUUCAGUCAACUCCUAAAAUAACAAGCCCAAAUUGGAAGGAAAUACAAUGGACAACAUGUGACAAAAAGUGCAACACGGUUCAUUCUUUGAUAUGGCCUGUAUCUGAAGAAAUGGGAACAAAAGAGCUUUGGAAGAAUGAGUGAAUUCUCGCAAGUCACAGUUUGAUUAUAAUGACUAUUAACUGUUGACAGAUUAAUCCUUUGCAAAUUGUGAAGAUGAAUUACAUCCAUUGUGAAUUUCUCUGUACAUUGAUAAUCAUUCUGAUUAAAUGGUACUAACUAAU